GCGUGUCUACGUGCCUCAUCCGCGCUCCCGUGAAUAUUUUUUGUUUUAACCCAAAGUAACAGUGGUUCGGCUGUUCGCCGGGCGGCCGCACGCAGGCACCGGGAUUGUGGUGGAUUUAAGACAAUAUUUGCCUCUACAACGUGAGAGAAACGUGAGGAGGUUUGGCGGUUUAUGACCGUUGUGACGGCUCGCGCACCCUCACGAGACCAGAUCCAGCAUCAGGUUGUUAGCUAAAAAGUUUAGCAUCUCGACGCGACGUUUUCUGACACGAUUUUAUUCCCUUUCUUUUCCUCCCCUUUUCCUCCUUCUGUCUCUUCACGGACCACCGAGUUGGUCAACAAUCUGCAGAAUGACUUCAGGAGCCUCGUCUGAAAAGAAACGAAGAUUAACGAGCAGACAGAGCUGUGAACGGAGAAAGGCGAGAUGUCGUGAUGCGGCCCGCUGUAGACGUGUGAAGGAGACAGAGGUGUUUAAUCAGCUGGCCAAUCAGCUUCCUCUCCAUCACAGUGUCACUGAGAGCCUCGAUAAGGCCUCGAUCAUCCGUCUCACGCUGAGUUACCUACACCUUCGCUCGGCUCUCAACACGGUGAUGAUGUCCGAACAGUCUGAGUUGGACACACAGUGGAGCUCCUCCUGUCUCAAGGCUCUCGACGGCUUCCUCAUGAUUCUCUCUCAGGAUGGAGACGUUGUUUACACAUCAGAAACCGUUAGCAAGUGUCUGGGGAUUUCACAGAUUGAUCUGUCAGGACAGAGUGUGUUUGAUUUCACUCACCCGUGUGAUCAUGAAGAGAUCAGAGAGAUGCUGGUUAACAGAACAGGUUCCUGUAAGAAAUUGAGAAACGAGCAGAGUUGCUUGUUGCGGAUGAAGUGCACACUGACCAAUAGGGGGCGCACCGUCAACCUCAGAUCUGCUACGUGGAAGGUUCUCCACUGUUCCGGUCACAUCCGUGUGGAGUGCACGCAGGACGGCGUGUACGGAGAGAGCGGCGUGCCCGUAUCGUACCUGGUGCUCAUCUGUGAACCCAUCCCACAUCCAGCCAACAUCGAGGUUCUUCUAGACUCCGGAACGUUCCUGAGCAAACACUCACUAGACAUGCGCUUCUCCUACUGCGACGAACGUGUCACACAGUUGUUGGGUUAUGACCCCGAGGACCUCCUUCAACAUUCUGUGUACGAGUUUUAUCAUGUGCUGGACUCGGACAGUCUGAACAAAACACACCACAACUUGUUUGUGAAGGGCCAAGCGUGUACAGGUCAGUACCGUAUGCUGGUGAAGGGCGGAGGCUUUGUGUGGGUGGAGACUCAGGCCACCGUUAUUUACAACAACAAAAACUCUCAACCGCAGUGUGUCAUUUGCCUCAACUAUGUUCUCAGCGGUGUCGAAGAAGCCGAGCUCGUUUUUUCUCUCCAUCAGUCAGCAAUAAAGCAGGAAAAGGAGGAUGAGUGUGGAGCAGAGAGAAAGAUACGGAGCCAGGAAGCAGUGACUAUGAUAACUGAGGGGAGGAAAGAGGAGAAGAGGGAGGGAGAAACGGAGCUACAGACUGACGCUGACAUCACACUGGACUUCACCAACACGGAAACGUCAGUGCUCGGAGACGCUCCUCUCUAUAACGACGUCAUGCUGCCCUCCACCGGCGUCCUGUCACCCCUUUCACCACCCGCCGAACCACCCUGUGCCGCCCUGCCCCGGCUGGAUGACUUCCCCUUCUCGCCGUCCUCCGCUCCGGUUUCGUCCGGUCGCGGUUCCUCUCAGGUGGUAGAGGACCUGGAGUUGGAGAUGUUGGCUCCGUACAUCUCCAUGGAUAACGAUUAUCAGCUCCAUACGCACGCGGACGCUCCGGAGAAUUCUGUCGAUUCUGUCAAGAAAAGCACCAGAACGCACACAGACCGCAGCAAUACGCCUCACAUUUCUAGAGAACCGCAGGACAAAGCUCUGUGUUUUGUGAGUCAGCCGAGCCAGAAGAGGACGUCAGACACGAUUUCUCUGUCGUGUGCCGCAGGGCUGGUGGUAGCAGACUCGCCUCAGGUCAAAAGGUCAAAGGUCACGAUGCCGGAGACCCGUCCGCCGGCAGCCAUGCCGGAGACUCUGACUAUACUGUUGCUCCCGUCAGACGUGUUAAACCAGUUAAUGGUAGGAGGAGCCAUCAUUAAGCCCCUCCCACACAUCACUCGUUAGGAGGAGGAGGAGCUCCAGCACGCGCCGGACCGAAUGUACGGAUUUUUAAUAUCGGAUAUAUUUCUUCAUUUUUGAGAUUUUGUAAUUUGUUUAAUUGUAAUUGAAAAUGUUUCUUGUUUUUUUUGUGUAUAUUUUAUUAUUUUAAGGCAUUUUUUGUUUAACCCAAAAGGGCUCGUUAUAUUUAAUUAUAAAACUCAUGACUCGUUGUUUACCUUCGUAUAUCACUUUUAACUAUUUUGACAUCCAGUACAUACAGAUUUCAGUGGAUAGGAGAAGCUUUCGUCUCCUCAUACGUUAAAUUAUCCUAAACCAGUGGUUUUUUAACGUCUCUAAAAUAUUUCAAUCUGCCUCUAACCCCGCCUCUAAACCUACCUCAACUCCUACCUAAUCACGACCGCCUCUAAAGGGGCACGAGGCGACGUGUCGAAGCCCCGACGCCGUACGAGACGCAUCGGGUACGGCAGGAGACGUCGUCGACUUACGUCAACAUCCUCUAUAGUGUUUAUUUGCCCAUUUGAGUCAGUACGGUUUCAGUACAUUGUAUUAGAAGAAAAGGAGAUCAGGCUUCACAUUAUAAGGCAUUAUUUUACCCCAUUGUUAAUAUUUUGAAGGUAAAAAAUUAUUCAAAUAUAUUUAGUAGAAAAACAUAUUUAAUGUUAUUAAUAUGGAAAAGUUGUUUGACGGUAGUUUGUGCCUUAAAUAAUAAAGUAACCGAUGUGUCCUCACAUCAGCGCUCCUGCUGUCUGACCUCCCACCAUGUGGCAGCACAACACACACCGUGCUCCUGAACUGUAAUAGAGCUGUAUUAGUGUGUGACUUGUGUCCAGCGCAGCAACACGUACAUGUAUACAUAUAUCUAUAUAUUGAAACCUUUAUUGCCCCGAAGGGAAUUUGUUUUGCACUCAAGGAAGCCACAUUAAUGUAAUAUAUACAUUCACAUACACUCUAAUUUAUUUACUCAAUCUACACUGACCCCACCUCUAUUCCUAACACUUACCCCCUAACAAUAACCCCACCUCUGUUCCUAACACUGACCCCACCUCUAUUCCUAACAAUAACCCCCUAACAAUAACCCCACCUCUGUUCCUAACACUGACCCCACCUCUAUUCCUACAAUGACCCCACCUCUAUUCCUACAAUAACCCCACCUCUAUUCCUAAUAACCCCACCUCUAUUCCUAACACUGACCCCCCCAACAAUAACCCCACCUCUAUUCCUAACACUGACCCCCCCAACAAUAACCCCACCUCUUUUCCUAACACUGACCCCCCCCAACAAUAACCCCUCCUCUUUUCCUAACACUGACCCCCCCCAAAUAUAACACCACAUCUUUUCCUAACUCUGACCCCCCCAACAAUAACCCCACCUCUAUUCCUAACACUGACCCCCCCCAACAAUAACCCCACCUCUAUUCCUAACACUGACUCCACCUCUAUUCCUAACAAUAAUCCCCCUAACAACCCCACGUCUAUUCCUAACACUGACCCCCCCCCCAACACUAAUCCCACCUCUAUUCCUAACACUGACCCCCCCCAACACUAACCCCACCUCUAUUCCUAACACUGACCCCGCCUCUAUUCCUAACAAUAAUCCCCCUAACAAUAACCCCACCUCUAUUCCUAACACUGACCCCCCUAACAAUAACCCCAUAACACUUCCUAUAUUUAUAACUUCAUAACCCCACCAUUAACAUUAACCCCGCCCCUAACUGUGCCCUUUAUUCUCAGUGUGUAUCUCCCUCGUACAACACAUUCGAUAUGAUUAAGGCAUACAAAACAUUUCGAUAUUGAGGUGUUAAAAAAAUCAUUAUAUAAUUCUAGCUAAUAUUUAAUGUACAUGUUUAACCAUCACUGGACUUCAGAUGCACAACUGAGGAACAGAUCACCAGCAGCUUGUACAAUAUCAUAUAUAAUUUAAUUUCUGUCAAUCAAAAUCUUAUUUUUUAUUUGUACUUUUUUUUUGCCUGAUUUCUGAACCAAAGUGAAUAUGUAUGUAGAAGCUGUGCAGUUCACGUGAUUCCUGAUUGUCUGUUAUAUCGGUGUGGAGAUAUCGAAUAUAUCACUUAUAUCAAAUGUAUAGAGAAGACAUCACGAUGUAUUUUAAACACAGAAAUGUGCAGUGGGAGAAAGGUGAUAAUUCUAUAUUAACGUUACUAAUAGAUUUUAUUGUGUAUAUAUUUAAUGUGUGUCUCCACACGUGUAUUACUGUGUUUAUUACCAUUUGUCAGUGUGUUCAUGUAAAGCGGAGCGUCCUGGUCCGUACGAUUGUACCGUCACGUUGUUGUCUCACGGUCGCUGUCUUUCGCUCAGUUUUGGUGUAAAUCACGAAUUCUCAUGUGUUUGUGUGUAAUGCGAGGAAAUGGUCUUGUCUUUCUCUGUGUUUAAAAUAGAAUUAAAGUUCAUGUGGGUCUGUG